AUGGCUGACCCAUCCUUAUUUAUUUCUCACACUAAUUCUGGAUCUAUUAUUCUUCUUCUCUAUGUUGAUGACAUACUUAUCACAGGAUCCUCCACCACCCUCGUUUCUAACUUUAUUAAUCUCUUGCAAUUUGAAUUUUCCAUGAAGGACUUGGGGCCUCUUCACCACUUCCUAGGAAUUGAGAUACUUCCAACAGAUGAUGGCCUUCAUCUAUCUCAAUCACAUUAUGCUCUAACUAUCCUUGAACGAGCUAACAUGAUUGAUUAUAAACCGAUGAGCACACCUCUUGAAUCUAAGACCAAGUUCACAUCAAAUCACACUUUGCUUGAGGAUCCAAGUCACUUCCGUGGGCUUUUUGGAGCUUUACAAUACCUCACUCUUACCCGUCCUGACCUUUCAUACAGUGUUAACUAUGUGUCUCAAUUUAUGCAUGCUCCAACUAUUAUGCAUUUCAAAAUGGUUCGGCGUAUCUUGCGAUAUGUCAAAGGCACUAUUAAUGUAGGUUUACAUUUUACCUCUAACACUACACUUGAUCUUUUUGCCUUUUCAGAUGCAUAUUGGGCAGGUUGUCCUACCACUCGACGUUCUACCACUGGCUAUUGUACUUUUCUUGGAGGCAACCUCAUAUCGUGGUGCGCAAAGAAAUAA